AUGGAUAUGCUGACUAAACAACUAUCCCAGAUGGCCACGACGUUGAAUGAAAUAUGUGGAUAUGAUGGUCGGAUCCUUGCUACUAUCAAGAUGCCGUACAUAGCUAACAUUAGCAAAAUCACUCUGAGGUCGGGUAAAGAUUAUGACGAACCCUUGGGCAGAACAGAGGAGGAAGAUGGAAAAGAGAACAGUGAGGGCACCCUCUUAAAGGAGGGAAGAGAGCCAUUUCCUCAGUUUUCCGAACCACAACCUCUUGAUCCAGAACCAGAGGGGUUGGUUGAGGAAGUUAAGAAACAUGAGAGGGAUGACCUGGAUGAAGGAACAAGCAAUGCAGUCAAGCGCCUGAAAUCUUACCCAUACAGGGGAGAGCCCAGAAGGUUUAUCAAACACUUCAUAGCUAGAAAAGCUAAAGCCGAUUGGAAGAUUGUAAUUGCAGAAAGUGUGUCUGCUAGAUUGACUGGAGUCAGCCUAGUGGAUACAAAGGUGGUUAUCCAACUCGUGGAUAGAUCAUGCACUAGUCCUGAAGGAGUACUGGAAAAUGUGAUUGUGAGGAUACAUGAUUUCCUAUACCCUACUGAUUUUCAUGUGAUCCGUAUGAAUGAGUAUGAAGCUGGUGAAUCCAGUGGAGUAUUGUUGGGGAGGCCAUUCUUGCGAACGGCUAAGACUAUAAUUGAUGUGAGUGACGUCCAAGAAUUUCUUGAGACUAGACUGUUACAGAAGCAGCUUGCAGCUGCUGAAAUGAAUGACUCAAUUGAAAAAAAGGUUUCUGGAUGGUGUGAAACGCUUUUGACACAGAACAUGACCGAUGAAGAAAUUAAUGAUGCAAUCAUGGGGUUCUGUCAAAAGCCAACUUCUGCUGGAUCAACUGGUUUUGCUCAACUGAGCAGUCUGGAAAAGGUGCCUGAUUUUGGGGAGCUAGCAGUAAAGAUUAUGGAGAAAAACCCAUUACCCCAGGAGGCGGUCGCGCCUAAGAAGGAGUUGAAGACAUUACCCCAGGGUUAA